AUGAGUAGACAAAACCCUGAUUUUAGACGUGGUAAUAGAGGUCGUGGUAGAAGUAAUAAUGAUCGUCGAAAUGCUGGCCGUAGGGCUCCACCAGCUCCAUUACUUAGUAUUCCAGCAAUACAGGUAGCACAACAAGAAGCGACAAUAGAAAAUUUCCGAUCUUCCGAAUUAACAUGUCAUGGUAGUGACCGAUUAAUUGUUAUUACCAAUGGAGAUCCGAUUAAAACCAUAUGGAAAAAAAUUAUAAGAAAAGAAUUUAGAACUUUGAAUCAGGGUGAUAUUAGAAUCUUCAUCAGUUCAGCGUUGGUUGUAACGAAUUAUCGUCAUAGUCAUGAGAUAGAAGAUUUUAUAAAAACAUUCGGUAAUCCUGAUGGUGGCGUUAAAAAGUUAAGGGAAAUCAUAACCAUUCCUUCAAUGUCGUGCGAUGCGGGACUCAGGGACGAUGUAUUAUCCUUUCAACAUGUUAUAUUACCUUUAUUGGGUUUAUUGACUAGAACUUCUAUUACUGAAUGUUUUUUGGAAACGUAUAUUCAUGCCAUCUUUAUGGUUGUUUACAUCAAUCUUGACUCUUUUCUUUAUAAUAAUGUAAUAAAAAUGUUGGAGACUUUAGUGCAACGUAAUUCUGUUGCUGACAAUCAAAUUAGCGUGGAAGAUUUAUUGAGACGCGAUCGAUAUGCAUUUAUUCCAUCCUCCAUCGGAAUCUUUUUCUUGAUAAUCGUACGGCUUCUCACCGUAUUAUUACGUCGGAUCAAAGAAGCUUCUAUCAAUGUGACCAUGCAUAAAAUUGCUCGCGAUUUGCAAAAUCUUAAGACCUUGUAUCAACAAAAUUUUCAACUUCAACAACCGUUGACCAUUUCAACCGACCCGUUAAUGAAUAAUUUGGAAUCAAGAAAAUAUUUUUUCAUGGUAUUAGAAAACGAAAUGAAUACCAUGAUUAGAUUGUUAAAUAAUGGACGUGUUAGUUUAAUUGAUGAACAGAAUCCAAAUAAAAAAGAAUUAAUUUCCAAAUUAACUUCGUUGCGAUAUAAGUCGAUUGCCAGAAGAGCUGAUCUUGAAAGAUCUUAUGAUCCUCCUGGAGAAUUGUCUAAAAAUGGCAAGAGACAUGAUAAUGAUUUUGAAGAAAUUUCGGAAAUAUCAAUCAUUCCUACGAUAGAAGAAAUUCUAUGUGAUCGCCGUCCUUUCUUACCAUUUUCUCAUCCUGAUGCACCGCAUUUUCUGCCAAAUGGGGCCGCCAAGUUGCUUGAUACACAUUUUCGUUUAUUAAGGGAAGACUUGUUGAAUCCCAUUCGAGGAAGUAUAUCAAAUUUAAUAAAUGUCUUAUCACAAGACUUGAGACCUUCACUUAAUAAUAAUGAAUUUUCAAAGGAAAUAAGGAGGAUUCAAAAGGAAUAUGGUGGUUUACACGUAUAUACCAAUAUACAAUUCGUCGGUGUUACCUGUGAUAGGAAGAAAGGCUUUGCUUAUACUUUAAGAUUUACUCCCCCAAAAAAUCGCUAUACAAAUUCUGAACGGGAUAGAAUAGCAUAUUGGGAGAAAAGCAAAAGGUUAUUGAAUGGCAGUUUGAUUACUUUAUUAUUACCGAAUCCAGAUGCCGGACGUAAUCAUGAUGAAUUUGAUAAUGACGAAACAUCUAAAAGAAAUUCUGACAAGUACCUGGUUUUCUUUGGAGUGGUAGCAUCAAGGAAUGAAAGAAAUUUGGCUAAGCAUGCCGAUUAUGCUGAUAUCUGUAUUAAUUUUACUGAUUUAUUAAUUUAUCCUAUUGCGUUAAGUGAGAUUUCAAAUCCUCAAACGGUAACCGAUAGAACCUUAGAACAAAGAUUUAUGGUUGAAUCAACAGGAGUUUAUUUCGAAGCUUAUUAUCAUAUUCUUAAAACUCUUCAAUCUACAAAUCCUUCUUCUCUCCCAUUUGAAAAAUAUUUUGCUCCGAAUAUUGAUGACCUGCAUGAAUCAAUAAAUUUCGAAGUUGAACCACCUAUGUACACUAGAGCACCGGGUUUUGAAUUUGACUUAUCGAUUUUAUGUGAUAAACAGCAAACUUUAAAAUUAAAUGUUGGCGAUACAGGCAGUUACGAUGAAGUAGCAAAGAAGGUUAAUGAAUAUAGUAAAUUGGAUGAAACUCAAGCGAAAGCAUUAAUCUCUGCUUUAACACGCGAGAUUGCAUUGAUCGAAGGUCCACCCGGUACAGGAAAAACUGUAGUCGGUGUUGAGAUCAUGAAGGUUUUAUUGGCAGAACAAAAUCGAAAAACUAAUAUUGGUCCCAUUCUCACCAUUUGUUUUACGAAUCACGCCCUUGAUCAAUUCUUGGAGCAUUUGCUUGACAUAAACAUAAAAAAUAUAGUUAGAUUGGGCUCUCGGACGAAAUCUGAAAGGAUUAAAGAAUUAAGUAUAGAAAUGAUGUGGCAACCCAAUUCUUAUGGCAAAGAUGGAUAUGAAUUACGUAAUUCGUUAAAAGAAAUCGAAAAACGCGUUAAUGAACUUAACAACACUUUGUCCAAUAACAGGUUGAAAUGGAAGGAUGUAUCCGGUUAUCUGAAAAGUAAUGAGAAAAAGUUUUAUGUUAAAUUUGAUCGCGUGAAUAAUUAUGAGUUACCAAGUUGGGUUUUAGGAACUUAUAGUGACGAAGAAGAAUUUUUGAAUGAAUAUAAGGUUGUCCAUAAUAAUAGAUCAGCGAAUUUACCCAUAUUUGAGAAAUGGUUAAAAGGGAUAGAUAUCGAUAUGAUUUAUGCUAGAAAGAAUAUUUUGUUAAAUCCAAAGCAGAUGAAUGGGAAAAAAAAGAAAAGGCCAACAAAUAAUAAGUACGUAUUUUUGGAGGAUGAUGAUAGUGAAACGGACUCAAGUGAUGAUGAAUCACAAACCGACCAUGAAAUGAUACAAUGGAUAUUGGAUUACGAAGAACCUGAAACAGAUCGCCCUUUGGAAUUAUUACUAAAUAUAAAUUCAAUUUGGAAAAUGUCGAGGAUGGAACGAAUAACUCUUCAUGAUUAUUGGCGUAUAAAAGUUAAUCAGGAAUCUAAAGAAAUUUUAUCAAGGUUACAAACAAUGUAUGAUAGAAUACGUAAUGAAUGGAGUGAAAUAUAUGACGAAGGACGUCGUCAAACGUUAUCGUCUUGUGAUGUUAUUGGUAUGACCACAAAUGGAGCAGCUAAAUUUCAAAAUUUAAUUCAAUCUAUCAAACCAAAGAUUAUUAUUUGUGAAGAAGCUGGGGAAGUGCUUGAGGCUCAUAUCCUUAGUGCAUUAACUCCCUUAACUCAACAUUUAAUAUUGAUCGGUGAUCCAAAUCAACUUCGACCACAUGUCGCUACCUAUUCCCUUAGUAUGGAUUCUAAUCAAGGAAAAAAUUAUCAAUUAGAUAAAUCAUUAUUUGAAAGAUUAGUUAACGGUGAUAAUUCAUCUAAAAUUGAUAAAGUUCAACUUUUAACUCAGAGACGAAUGAGAGAAAUUGAAAUUUCUGAUUUAAUUAGAAAUACACUAUAUGAAGGAUUAAAGGAUGGUGAAAAUACUUCUAAAUAUGAAAAAGUACGUGGUGCUCAACAUAAUGUUUAUUUUAUUAAUCAUGAUCAUCCUGAAGACAAUUCUGAUGGAGAAUUUGCAACGCUAUCUCAUGUGAAUAAUUAUGAAGUCAGAAUGGUAGUGGAGAUGGUAAAAUAUUUCAUUAAGAAUGGAUAUACUAAAUCUGAUGAUAUAGCUGUACUUACUCCUUAUUUGGGACAAAUGAUGAGAAUCAAGGAUGCCUUAUCUAGGUUAUUUGUUGUAGUCUUGGACGAAAGAGAUUCACAAGAUCUUGCUGAAAUGGAGGAAGAGCAAGAAGUUGUUAAUAAUUCCAAUGAAGAUACAAGUGUUUCUAUCUCAGAAAAAUCAUUAUAUCAACAAGUCACUUUAAGAACUGUAGAUAAUUUCCAGGGUGAAGAAGCGACCAUAGUCAUCGUUUCUUUAGUUCGUAAUUUCUCCAAUUCUGAUAGGUAUGACACUAUUGGAUUCUUAAAGAGCACAAAUCGAAGUAAUGUAUUAUUAUCACGUGCUAGAGAAGGAAUGUAUCUUAUUGGUAAUUCUAAAUUGAUGGCUACAAGAUCUGAAAAGAUGUGGACUCCUGUAAUUGAUAUGUUACAAGCACGAAAUCCUCCGCAAGUUGGUUAUGGCAUGCCAAUUGCAUGUCAUAAGCAUCCCGAAUAUAAGCAUGUUAUUGAAAACCCUGAAGAUUUUGAUCGAAUUAGUCCUGAUGGUGGAUGUAAUCAGCCAUGUCGUGCAAAACUUCCUUGUGGACACGUGUGUAUUUCUCUGUGCCAUUCGGAUGAUCCCUAUCAUCUUAAAACUAAAUGUAAAGAACCAUGUCCGAAAUUACAUUCAGUAUGUAAUCAUCCAUGUCCAAAGUAUUGUUUUGAUGAUUGCGGAAUAUGUAAUUUUCCUAUGGGUGAUAUAAUAUUACCUGGUUGCGGACAUACUUGGAAAAAUGCCAAGUGUUGGGAAAAUCAAAAGAAGGAUGAAAUCAAGUGUUUGACUCCAGUCCAAAUACAAUUACCUAGUUGUGGACACUCAAAAACCAUUUGCUGUCAUGAAUCCGUUGACGAUGUCAAAUGUUUUAUUCGAGUUGAAAAACAAUUACCAAGUUGCGAACACUCUAAAACCAUUUUCUGUCAUGAAUCUGUUGAUACCGUUAAGUGCAAUGAUAUAUGCGGGAAAAUGUUAAAUUGUAAUCAUGAAUGUUCAAAUCGAUGUCAUGUAUGUCAAGACCUUUCGAAACCACGAGACAUACGUAAAAUCAAAGACGUAAUGAAUUGCGGAAUCGUCCCUAUUGAACGAACUAAGCAUGCAGAAUGUAAAAAUUUAUGUAAUAAAUCAUUAUUUUGUGGACAUAAGUGUGUAAAGCAGUGUCAUGAAGGGAGCGCAUGCUCACCAUGUGGUGCUAAAUGUACAAUAUCAUGUGAUCAUUUAUCGUGUGAUAAACGGUGUAUAGAACCUUGUUCCGUAUGUGCAGAAACAUGUCCAUGGGAAUGCGAGCAUCAAGGAAGAUGUAGAUUAAAUUGUGGAGUUCCUUGUUUUAGAUUGCCUUGUAAUAAAAAAUGCAACAAGAGGUUGGAAUGUGGUCAUAUGUGUGCUGGAGUUUGUGGAGAAGUUUGUCCUUCAAAAGAUUUUUGUAUUACUUGCGCACCUGAAUCUGUUAAAAGUCAAGUACCAGAUGCAAUUGUAAAAACUUUGUUUUGUGAUGUGGAUUGGGACGGGAAAAGGAUGAUUGUUCUUUCUUGUGGACAUGCAUAUACCAUGGAAACUAUGGAUAUGCAUAUGGGAAUGGAAGAUUAUUAUGAAGGUUCGAUCAAAAGUGGAUGGACAUCAGUUAAAAUCCUUCCAGCAUCAUUAUCAAAUGUAAAAACAUGUCCAGAAUGUCGAACGCCAAUUAAAAAUAUUAGGAGAUAUGGAAGAAUAGUUAACAAAUGUAUCUUGGACGCACAAAACAAAAAAUUCCUAACAAAAUAUGUUAAUCAAUUGAAUAAUGUUACAAAGCGAAUAAUUUUUUUCGAAGAUAAUAUGAAAGAUAAUCAGAGAUUGUUACAAGGUCUAGGUUAUUUGCCCGCUGAUAAUUCAAGAGUAAAAGAAAAUGUAUUUGGAGAGCAUCAAUUACCUGACGUUAUCCCUUGUAAAUAUUUUAAAUUUGUUGACAAAUUUCAUGGAUUUGACAGAAUUAGUAAAAAAAUUUGGAUGGAUCGUGUCGGAGAAUUAUUAAAGUAUUAUCAAGAAUUAAUUUCCAUUGUUCGUGCCACAAAAUCACCACCCCAUAAGAAAGCUUUUGAUGCCUCCACCUCAACUUUAUAUCAAGCUAAAUUUUCAAUGGUGGAUCCUGAAAGUGAUUUAAACGUUAGAUUAUCAAAUCUUAAAAUAUCAGAUGAUGACGAUGAUUCCUCUAAAAAUUUACUCUCUCAGAAAGGAAUUUCGAUAUCGAAAGUAGAUCGUCGAAUUUAUUUAGACACACUUUUUGAAAUGGUCAACUUACAAAAAGUUCUUUUCAAUGAAAUUUUAUUUAUAAUUCAAAAAAUUAUGAAAGCUGAAAGACCAAUAGCUACAAGAGUUGAAGAAGUUUGGAAAAAAUUUGGUGAAAGAUUACUACUUACUAUUGAAAAACACCUAAAUACGAUUCAGGUAGUGGCAAAAUCUACUCGUUAUGGUAGACACCUUCUUUUGGUUAAUGUAGAAAUAUUAGAAUUAGGUCAUUAUAAGCAUAUGUAUCAAUCAAAAUAUUCGCCAAAUAGAUUUGCUUUUGAUAAUAUACCUCAGACGAGAAUUAUGACAGGUCGUAUUCAUAAUAUUUUUCCUAAUUUUUCUACUUAUAAUAUCAUUGCAAAUGGAAAACUUGAAAGCCAUCUUGAUAAUAGAUUAAGAGACUUAAUUAAAGAAGUUGAAUCUUAUGAUAAUGAUCUGAACGAAACUACACUUACUUUGCAAGAAUCGGUAUCAAUUCGUGAUGAAUGCUAUGAUCUCAAACCCAAUAAAUCGGACACUAUACAAGAGACGAAUAUUGAAGGAAAAUUAGAAAUUCAUCGUGUGAUAAAAACUGAAUUUAAAAAUUCAGCUUGGAAUGAAUGUCCUAAUGGCCAUCCGUCACAUAUCUCAGAACCUAAAUUAAGCAUAAAUAUUCCACUUAAAGAAUAUAUUAAUCAAAAGAAGGAACAAUUGGCGGAAAUAUCUCAACGUAUAGUCGAAGAUCCGGAGAAUAAUGUAAUAGGACAACUAAAAGACUUACGUGAAAUUGUUACUGAUAAGAAUUUAACUGUAAAAAAGUUGGCAAUAUUAUCUCAGUUUGUGGUAUAUAAAGAUAUAAUACCCGGUAUCGGAUACGACAAUUGA